AUGAGGCCCUCUCAAGCAAUAAUUGCAUCUUGUGUGCUGGCAAGUGGCUAUGCUCUGCCUGCUACAUCCAAGGUAGACAGCGAAUGGGAUGUCAUCGUUGUUGGCGCUGGUCCGGCUGGAAUUGUCGUUGCUGAUCGAAUGAGCGAAGCUGGAAAGAAAACGCUGUUGCUUGAACAGGGUGGUCCAUCAUAUUACGUUACCGGAGGCCGUGACCGUCCCGACUGGCUCCAAAACACCAAUCUAAGCCGAGUCGAUGUCCCUGGUCUCUACAAAUCCAUCUUUAGCAAUCCUAGUGACACUCUUUUGUGCAACAGCACUCAACUCAAGUCAUAUGGCGCUUGCACGAUUGGUGGAAACACAGCCAUCAACGCUGGCCUCUUCUUUCUACCACCCGCGUCAGACUUUGAUCUCUACUUUCCCGAUCAGUGGAAGUCAAAAGAUGUGGCUGGUGCCAUCUCAAGAUUACGGGCGAAGCAACCUUUUACGGACGUCCCCUCUGCGGAUGGCAAGCGCUACCUUCAAUCUGGCUACACAGCUGCCAAGGAAUGGUUGGUCAACGGCGCUGGCUUCAAGAGUGUUACAUUCAAUGACGAGCCCGACCACAAGACCCGGACAUUUGGUCACCCUGAGUUCAACUACGAAGGAGGCCAACGURGCGGGCCUGUCAAGACCUACCUCCAGUCAGCUCUCAAGCGGUCAAAUUUCAAGCUACAGAGUGGAGCGCAGGUCAAGCGCGUAGUGCGGAACGGAGCUCAGGCGAGCGGCGUUGUGGUUAAGAUCGCUGGAACGGAGUCUACCAUUAAGAUCGCUGCAGGUGGACGCAUCAUCCUCAGUGGUGGUGCCAUGUUCAGCCCACAGCUGUUGAUGCUGAGUGGAAUUGGAAGCCCUGCCGACCUAUCCAGCCUUGCCUCCAACGGGCUGCUCACUUUGCCUUCCAAGUCUUGGAUCAACAACACCGCUGUUGGCGACAAGCUGUUUGACAACCCCAACACCUUCAUCGAGUUCUCGGCGCCGAGCGUCACGUCGUACACCUACAACUACACCUCGCCGAUUGAGUCCGACAAGCAGCUGUACCUAUCGUCYCGAUCCGGACCUUACUCCUUUGCGUCGGAGACCUCCGCGUUCUGGGAUGUGAUUGAAGGUGCCAACGGUACGAGGACGGGAGUUCAAGGAACCAUUGAUUCUGCCGGUUUCAGUGGCUUCAUGGGAAAAAACACCAUCACACUGAACGUCUAUGGUACUUCGGGUGUACGAUCUACAACACGUGUGGCUCUUGACAAAACCACCGGUGCUCCAGGCCAGGCCGGCUCAUUCUUCUACACCGAUGCGGAGGGUGAAGAUAGUCUUGCCAUCGCGACAUUCAUUCACCAGAUCUUUGCUGGGUUGAAGAAGGACUCUGGUUUACAGCCAUUGAACAUUGCAAGGGAUGCUUCGAUUGCAGAGAUUCGAAAGUACAUCACCAGUGCCACUCCUUACACCGAAGGCAACGUCAACCACUGGAGUUCCAGCUGUCGGUUGGGCAGCUGCGUAGAUGCCAACACCAAGGUCAAGGAGAUGAACAAUUUGUUCGUCGUGGAUGCGUCGAUUGUCCCCCCGCUAACUACAAAUCCCGUAGCUGGAAUCAUGGUUGCUGCAGAGAGAGCCAGUGAGCUGAUCCUUGGUCUCAAAUAA